GACCCCGACGUAGAAUUUGGUGGAAAAGAAACCCGGCAGGCGCUGGAAAGAAACCUCCUACGCAAGGUCGAUAGACGAAUGUCGAUUCUGGUGCUGAUAUACGUCCUCAAUUUCAUUGACCGAAACAAUGCAUCCGCUGCAAGGCUUCGGGGAUUCGAAGAGGAUCUCAACCUCAGAGGCACACAGUUUGCGAGCAUCUUAUCUGUGUUAUACAUUGGAUAUAUCAUCAUGCAAAUACCUUCAAAUAUGUUUCUUGACUACAUCGGAAAGCCCUCUUUAUACUUGCCUACAUGCAUGAUAAUAUGGGGUGGGAUAUCACUCUCUUCUACAAAACUAAUUAUCCGCAGCUUUUUGGGGGCCAUUUGCACGCGAUUCUUUCUCGGCUUCGUGGAAGCCGCUUUCUUUCCCGGUGCUUUAUUUCUCAUCUCAAAAUGGUACAAACGCACCGAGCUCUCACAAAGAACUGCCCUACUUGCAUGUGGAAGUCUUGUGAGCAACGCUUUUGGCUCCUUGAUUGCCUCCGCUAUUCUUGACAGCAUGGAAGGUCGGUUAGGCUACGCUGCAUGGAGAUGGCUUUUCUUCAUUGAGGGUAGCCUAACCGUAAUUGUGGCUAUAUGCGCUAUAUUUAUACUUCCGGACUUUCCUGAAACAUCAUUCGGUUGGUUGACUCCUGCUGAACAGGCCUUAGCACAAAGACGAAUGCAAGAAGACCACGGGUCGGUCGAAGAUGAAAAGAAACCUGUCAGUGGACUUCAACUCGCGCUGACGGACGGAAAAGUGUGGUGGCUAGCCAUUGCUCUCAUCGCCUUCAAUGUAUCUCUGAGCUUCAAUGUAUUCUUUCCGACCCUUAUGUCAACUCUGGGAUAUUCCACCACGAUAACUUUACUGCUUUGUGUGCCACCUUGGGUUUUUGCUACCGUAGUUGCAGUUUGUGUGUCCAAACACUCGGAUUACACUGCCGAACGGUUCUGGCACCUAUCGGGCUCUUUCUUGGUUGGCAUUUUUGGAUUCCUUUUGGCCAUGUCAACCAUGAACGUUGCGGCGAGAUAUGUAUCCCUAUUUUUCCAAGCUCAGUCGUAUGCGGGGUUCAUUUGUUUUCUUGCCUGGGCCAGUGGAUCUGUGGCUAGGCCACCAGCCAAGCGGGCUGUGGCUCUCGCAUUGAUCAAUACUGUAUCGUCUUUGGGAAAUGUGCUUGGAUCUUACUUGUGGCCGAAGUCAUGGGAACCGACUUAUUCGAAAUCGUUUACCGUCUGUAUCUUGACGAGCGGUUCAGGAUUAACGAUGUGCUGGUUAUUCAAACGACACUUGGCAGCGCUGAAUGCUUGCGAAGAGAAACGGGAAGUAGAGAUAGGAUCUAAGAGAGGAUACAGAUACCUAUUGUAGUACGUACCUUGGUGCACAGUAUUGGAGGGCCGAACGGCGAAAUAUCGGUAUCACCUUGGUAUAUGAUAUCAUUUUUAGACAACGGUGGUCACGAUCGCGCGACGACAUUAUUUGGCUUUACGAUGUCAUUCGGGUUUCUCAUCUUCUCCUCGAACCAUGAGUACAGUUAUCCGCCACUUGAAAAACUGGUCAUUUACUCAAAUUGGGGGCGGCGAAGGUACAAAAGAUGAUGAAUGGCUGCAAGCAACUCAAUUUCCGACUACCAUUCAUGUUGAACUCUUGAAAUACAAGAGGAUAUCUGAUCCAGUACGAUUCUUUAUAUUGAGCUUGUGUUAUCUGAUCCUUUCUUUCAAGUUCAUCGGCCUGCAUGAGUGGGAUGUACAGUGUAGGCAUG